AUGUCCAUUUUCCGUUUACCGCGUUGGGUAGUUAAAGGGAUUGAUCGUAUCAGAAGAGACUUUCUUUGGUCGGGGCCUGAUAUUGAUCAUCCGGGUUGUCGACUGGUUUGCUGGAAGAAUCUAUGUCGACCGCGGGAUCAUGGGGGUUGGGGGAUCCUGGACCUGGAUUGCUUCAAUAAGGCCCUACUUGGGAAGUGGUGGUGGAAGUUCAUGAUGGACUCUUCUUGGAGAGGAGCAAUGGUGAUUCAAUUUAAUUAUGGUCUAUCUCGUUCGAAUCUUUGGCCAUACCAGACGGGUAGAAUUUCUUUCUUUUGGAAAGGGGUCUUGAGCUGUUUACCGGCUCUUAGAAGCUGUUUCUCUCACAAAAUCCUUACCAGCAAGGAUACACUUUUUUGGCAUGACGGAUGGAUUAACGGUGUCGCCCCUAGAAAUCUUUGGCCUAUUGAGUACGGCGCGAGCAUCCACCCUACUGGCACCGUUCACGAGCUUAGACACUUGUUGGUGGUGCCGCCUUUUUCCGACAAUGAGGUCGUCAGACUUACUUGUACAGACGUACAGACGUCGGAUAAUCAUUUAAAGGACAUUAAGAGUUGGAGACUUAAUGGAAAUGGGACAUUCACGGUGAAGUCCUUCUAUAAUCUCUUAAUUGAUGGGGGGCUCAGAUGCUCGAUUUCGCGUUUCUUCUGGCGUAACUGGUGUCCUAAGAAAAUUAGUCUGUUCAAUUGGCUUGCGUGGCAAAACAAAAUUCUCACGUUGGAAAACUUAGCUCGUAGGAGAUGUAAUAGACUACCAACUGAUACGUGCGUCAUGUGUAAUGCAGCGACAGAAACGGUCGACCACUUGUUUAUCCACUACUCCUUUGCUAACAAGGUCUGGGACUACUUUAUCAGCAUCCUUCGGCUACCACAGUUACCGUUGUCUCUUCGGGAUCUUUGGGGUCGGUGGAGAAAUAAUUUGCACUCUGAGAGAAGGGGUUUUGGGGACUUAGUGGCGAAAGCAAUCAUUUGGAAUAUUUGGAUAGCUAGGAACGAUUGCAUUUUCAAUGCUAAUGUCAUGCAUUCUCUUUGUCUCAUUAUGAAAAUUGAUCGUAUGCUUGUAUCUUGGUGUUUUUCUCUCGCAGACGGACCAAAAGUGAAGCUGGAAGAGGACUGCAACACUGUCAGACGCAGUUUAGAGUUCCUUGCUCCUCGUGUGAAGUCUUUCGAGGAGAUUCGAUCUUCAGUGGAGACGCUCGACCCUGGCUCUGGCUAG